GAGACAAAAAAUACAGCUCUAUUGUCCGGGUCAUCAAUUCAGACUUGUUUGUCAGGGUGGAGCCACAGGCUUUGCAGUUUCAACAAACCUCUCAUCCACUCUGAGCUUGUUUUUGCGGGACAUGGGUGAACAAAACAAGACACUAUCCCGUCCCAUUUUCCGCCGGGAUGUCAGCUGGGAACCGUUCCCAAACUGGACGCAGCCGAGCCGCAUCUGCAUGCAGGAUUUCGGCCUCCCCCCUUUCCUGGAGCCCGGCGACGUGGACUGGAUAGACUGGGCAAAGAGGAGGCUGGCCACGUUCUCCUGGCCCGACUACACACAGACCCCCCUGCUGCCUCCGCUUGGAGGUCACGCGAAGGGCCCGGGACAACUGACGAGCGGGGUGUCGGAGGUCCGCACGGGGACGGACAGCUGGAAGAUUGACCUGGACGUCAACCACUUCUCCCCUGAAGAGAUCACAAUCACGACCAAGGAGGGCUACCUGCAGAUAUCAGGAAAUCACGAAGAAAAGCAAGAUCAGCAUGGAUCGGUUUCAAGAUGCUUCAACAGGAAAUACAAGCUGCCACAGGGGGUGGACCUGCAGCACAUCAGCUCGUCCCUGUCUGGCGAUGGAGUCCUGUCAGUGGAGGCUCCUGUUCCCGGGACGUCCGUCAGCGAGCCGCCCAGUGAGCUCGUCAUACCAGUUCAGAUCCGACAGAGGCAGGACGGAGACCAGUGAGACCAGUGAGACCAGCAAGCAGAACGAGAUGUAGCUCAAGUUGUGCGUAACGACCUAAGUAGCGCUGAAGUAAAAGUUUGUUACAGCUUAGUACAGGUGAUCUAUAGGUGAUCUAUAUGAGAGGUACUAUCUGCUUCUAUAAUGCACCAUCACCACUACAAAUAAAUGCAAA